GGCCAGCAGCUCACACAACGAUCGACCGACGUUAGCCACUGGCGACGAAAACGAUGACAUCCUUUAGAAGCAGCACAAUUUCAACUUCAACUUCAACUUUAAAUUCAACCACCACGUUCACGGUGCGCAAGAUGACGGGCAGACGAAUCUCCAAGCUGUCGAGCAUCCUGCUGCUCUGCGCCGCCCAGCUGCUGACCAAGUCCUGCGGCAUCCUGGCGCUGAGCGGAGACGCCAAUUCCAAUGACCUGGCCAAGGCGGAGCCCUGGAGCGACACCACUACCAUUCAGCAAAGUGAUGAGGAGUCCACCACUUCCGGUUCGGGUUCAGGGGACUGGGAAUUGACCACAGAGGCGGAGGAAACCACUACACCUUCCGAUGAGGAGGAGACCACUUCACCUUCCGAUGAGGAGGAGACCACUUCACCUUCCGAUGAGGAGAGCACUACCAACGCCGACCAGGAGAGCUCCUCCACUGGCGCCUCUGGCGAUGGAGAGACCACCACUGCUGUUCCGGAAACCUCACCAGCUGCUCCCGAGGAAACUUCAGCUGCUCCCGAGGAAACUUCCGCUGCUCCUGAGGAAACUUCUCCCGCUCCCGAGGAAACAACCACUGGAGAACCAGAGAGUUCCAGUUCCUCCUCCGCCCCAGCAGAGCCAGAGAGCUCCUCCACCUCCAGUUCCUCCUCCUCUAUCCCAGCUGAGACCACCAUUGCACCCACCCCGCCCACCUUCAAGUGCCAGACAGCUGGAUUGUUUCCCCACAUCGGCGGCGAGUGCCGGCGCUACCACAACUGCCUGCUGAACCCCGUGCUCCAGCAGCUCCAGGAGAUCGAGCUCAUCUGCCCCGAACGCACCGUCUUCUCGCCGAGCUUAAGCAGAUGUGCUAGGGAUCUGGCCGAGUGCCAGGAGGAUGGCUUCCAGUGCUUGGCCGUGGGCAGAUUUGCGGGACACGAUGAGACCUACUACUAUAGCUGUGUGGCCAGUCUGCAGGGCGGCUUCCACAAGUUCAUUGUCCGCUGCUCCAGUGGCCAGAGAUUCGAGGCGCUGAUCGGAGGAUGCUGGCGCUACGAUUGGACGCAGAUUGUGCCCGGUCAGGAGGCGACUGAGGUCAGCGAUCUGGCGGCCAUCAAGCGGGAACUGAAGCUCUACAAGGCCGAGGCCAAGCUGCGCCUGAAGGCCCAGAAGGAGCAGGAGAAGCUGGCCAAGAAGCAGCAGAAGCUGGAGGAGAAGGCCGCCAAGAAGGCGGCCAAGGAGCAGGCCAAGCAGCAGGCGAAGGCCGAGAAGGAGAAGGAGAAGGCGCAGGCCAAGGGUCCCGAGUCCAUCGAGAGCGCCGAGUCCGCGGAGUAACUAGCUCCGAUCUGAGAUCCAAGAUCCUCCUCUCCAUUCCCCAGAUGAGGAGAAACCCAUCCAUCUAUGUUGGUCCAUUGCUCUAGUCUAGUGAAAUUAUCUCUUUGUUAACCCUUUUUUUUGCUUUGUGGUGUAAAUAAAGAUUUGAAACGAAA